AUUAACAGCCUUGUGAUGCUGCCGCACCAAAGCACCUGCAGAGCCUUGACCGUAAGAUUCAUCACCAGGAGAUUCAUUGGAGACUACGACCCAACCCUUGAGAUGAUUUACAGACACAUGGCCGUCAUCGACGGGGAGAUGGUGCACUUCGAGAUCCUGGACACGGCGGGGCAGGAGGAGGAUUCCCUGCAGAUAGAGGAGAAGAUCAAGUGGGGCGAUGGCUUCGCCGUGGUCUACUCGGUGACGGACAGAUGCAGCUUCGACGAGGUGAUGCGGCUCUGCUUCCUCAUCAACCACAUUCACUCCAGCCCCAAGCGCAGCAGCGGGAGCGAGCAGCCCCCCGUGGUCAUCGUGGCCAACAAGAAGGACUUGGAGUUCGACAGGAUGGUGUCCACGGAGGACGGCGAAAACCUCUCCAAAGCCUUGAAGCUUCCUUUCUACGAGAUCUCCACCCGGGACAGCUAUGAAGAGACCGUGGCGGUGUUCAACAGCCUCUACCAGGAGCUCAUGAGACAGGGGCAUUUCUCCCCAGGCUCCUUCAAGAGGAGGACAGUGUCAAAGCUGAUGGAGAAGAUCCCCAAGAUGCAAGCCAGCUCCACCUUGAACUCAGCGGGCCGGAGCCUCAGCUUUAACUCCUUCAGGGACUACAUCCCCGAGUGAGCGUCCCCACCGUGGGGGCGAGUGACAGAGGGACAGGUCAUCCUGCUGCCAGGGCGCCCGCGCAUCAGCCCCAGGGUGGAGGAGCAGCUCCUGGGGCUGUGCUGGCUCCCAGAGGGAAGGCUGAGACGUGGGGAGGGUAGGAUUGGGGUCCAUCAGCCUUUUAAAGCCCAGAGGCUUCCACAAAUGGGUUUUGGGUGGGCAGGGGAGAUGUUCUUUGUCCAUCUUACCCCUUCGCCCCCUCUUCCUCCUCCUGCACGGCUGAAGCCAGUAGUGAAGGUGGGUCGUGGUGACUUCAGGGGUGUUGGGUCAACCCCUGGGGGCUCAGAAGUGUCUCAGCAGGGAUCGGACCCAGCAGAGACACAUCUGUGUGGGUUUUCCUGCUCCCCUAAGAAAGCUUGCUGGGUCUGUUUGUCCCCGAGACAGGCACCCACACGCCAGGGAGACCCCGAGGGUGGCGCUGGCUCCGGGGCUGUCACCAGCCAGCCCCAUCCUGGGGAAAAUGGGCAUUGCUUUUGUUGCUGGUGGGUAAAAUCCCCUCCAAACCUCCCCAGCCUGGUCAGCUGCUCCAAGGGGGUGGUUGCUGCCCACCUCCAUCCCUUGGUGCCCCCAGACCCACCUGCCGUGUGGGUCAGUGGGUGACAGAGGGCUGUGUCCCCCUCUGCCUCUGCUGUGGCCCCCCCCAAAGAGCCAGUCCAGCCUGUUCCCCCAUCUGCAGCCACCAGCAUCCAUCUGUCGGAGCCCGGGGCUGCAUUUCGUCCCAGUUUCCCCCACCUUUGUGAGCUGAAGCGGCUGCAGAGGGGCAGACCCCUGCAGACCCCCAUAUCCCGCCCCCCCAGAGCCCUUUUUCCCCCCCCUGGCUGCUCAUGGGCUGGCACCAGGGGCAUGUUUAAAAGCAAAACGCAGAUCUGUUUACAGCACAGGGGGAAAAAAAGCCUAUUGAUCCCUGCCUUUUCUGAAACCCCAUUUUUUAACGUUUCAGGCUCCUUGGCACACUCUCCUCUAAGGACACUGCAGAUAAAACCCCAGGCAAAGGGCAGUGAUGGCAGCAGAUGCUGCUGCCCCAGCUCGGGGUGAGGGCACCGCCUGCUCCCUGCUUUGCUGGGGCUUUUCUGCCUCCCCUGAGUCUGCCCCUUAUUUCGUGUCUCCAUCUGGGCUGGGGCAGCAUCCCCUUCUCCGGGGGGAGGGAAAUCCAACAGGUUGCCUUUCUGUUGCUCAUGGACACCUUCUGCUAAGAUCAGGCCUUUGCAUCCCGGAGGAACAGGAUUCCCGGGGCAGCCCCUCCCCUUAAAGCCUUUGCCCCGGGACCCAGCUGAGCAUGGGGCCAGCAAAACCCCUGGCUGGCAACUUGAAGCACGGAUGCCACGGAGCCGAUACCGGGAGGUGCAAAUGAUGCUCCUUGCGGGGACACCCCCCUUGUCUGCUUAUUAAUUGCCCCAUUCCCAAGGGGAAGACCACGGUGGCCUGAGAAUUAGUCUUUUUGCGUGGGGCCGGGGCAGCAGAGGCGCGGGCAGGAGCCGGGAUCGCAGCGAGAGCAUCUUCCCCCCCACAGCAUCGUCCUCUCCCUCCCUCCCGCCUGCUGCCGCUUGAGGUGACUGCGCUGGAAGACCCGUGGUGUGACACCCCGUGUGUCCCCUGUAGUGGUGAAACACCCCGUGUGUCCCCCUGUAGUGGUGAAACACCCCGUGUCCCCCCUGUAGCGACAUGUCCGUGGUCGUCUGCUGCCUCCUGUGACAAUAAACACCAAUUAACAGCC